CGCGUAUCCAAUGAAACUUUCUGUAGGAUUGUUGCAGAUGAGUGGCUAAUAGGCAAUGGACGUUCUCAUUUAUUUUUAUGUCGGAGGGUUCAGAUCAGUAAUUCUAUAUCUGAGAUGAACCGCGCAGUGGUUUCCAGAUCAGGCAGUUUUCCGUAUACAUUUUCUUAUACAGGAGGGUUUCGGGUCCUCUUGAUUGUGUAUGCAGCUUUGAAGGAUAUGAUCAGCAUUCUUCGUUGAUGCUCCACAAGGGCAGGUUUCUUUAGUCCCAAUGUUCUAGCUUUCGGAACAUAUAUAUUGUCUCAUUCCGUUGUGUCAGGUACUGAGGCAAAAAAUUAUGCGUUGGUCAUGUCGGGAUUAAUGUAUGUUGAAACAGUAAUUUCGAAGUGGGUUGAAUUAUACCUAUGUUGUUGAAAUCAUGUUACAUCAUGUAAUUUCAUGUAUUUCCUACAUUGAAAUUUAAAUGUGUAUGUAGGGCCUAUGUAAUAAUAAAAGGAAAUUUAUUUUGUUUGGGAAAAAAACUAAAACCUUAUUCAAGUUUAGGCUAAAUAUCAAGCUAAGUAAUACGGUACGUCUACAAGCCGCACUACAAGGGAAUUGAAAUAUAGACUCUAGAACAAGAUCUAGGUCUAGAUCCUAGUCGGAUCUAAUCAAACAUGCAUGUGCCAAGUAUUUCUAAGACUAAUGGAGGAUCAAGGCUAAUUCUAAGACACUUUGGUACCUUUGCUCCUGUUGUGGUGAUAUUGAUGUUCAUCACUUCUGUCCAAUGUGAAAGGAAUAUUUCUUUAUCUCUUGGAGGAUACACAAAUCUUACACAUAACAACUCAUCAAACUCUGGAAUACAUUCUCAUGGCAACCAUACCCGCUCAGGUUCUCACCAUGGGAGCCUUCAUGUUGCUGCGAUUGCCUACGAUGAAGUCAGAGACCCAUUGAUCUUCACCAUUGUUGUUUUGUUAGCAGCCCUCAGUAAAGUAGGGUAUCACCAUGCAAAUUUUUUAUCAAGUCACAUACCAGAAUCAUGUAUUUUGAUUAUUUUGGGAACAUUGUUUGGUGCUGUGAUACACUUCUCAGGUCUGUCUACAAGUUUACCCACAUUUUUCAAGCCACAUGAGUUUUUUAUAUUUCUACUUCCCCCAAUUAUCCUUGAGGCUGCGUUCAGUCUUCAUGACAGAACAUUCUCAGAAAACAUUGGAAGUAUUUUACUCUUUGCUGUACUGGGUACUGUGCUUGCAUGCCUCAUGCUGGGUGGUACUCUGUAUGGCUUGGCUAUGUCUGGAGCCAUGGGCGAAAUAAAAAAUCUGAGCUUUCUGCAAGUGAUGGUGUUUUCAUCGCUCAUCGUUGCAGUAGAUCCAGUGGCUGUUUUGGCAGUAUUUAAUGAAAUAGGUGUCAACCAAGUUUUGUAUUUUCUUGUGUUUGGAGAGUCUUUACUUAAUGAUGGAGUCACUGUGGUUUUGUACAAAGUCUUUCAAGCUUACAACAAUAUGGAUGAAAUCACUGGAUGGCAUAUAUUUUUAGGGCUGGUGAAAUUUUUUGUUGUUUGUCUGGGUGGACUUCUGAUUGGUGUAUUGGCAGGGAUAGCAACGGCACUGCUGACUAAGCACGCACAACAUGUUAAAGUUGCCCAGCCUUUAAUUAUUUACACAAUGGCUUACUUAGGGUUCCUUAUGGCAGAACUGUUUGAGUUUUCAGGUAUCAUUAGUAUCAUUGGUUGUGGGCUGGUACAGAUGCAGUAUGCCUUCCACAACAUCAGCGACAAGUCACGUACUACUCUUAAAUAUUUUACUAAGGUCAUCAGCUCUGCCAACGAGAUUAUCAUCUUCCUGUUUCUUGGUCUGGUGAUGGUCAAUGACGAGCAUGAGUGGCAUACAGGGUUCACUUUGUGGACAAUAUUUUUCUGCCUGGUCUACAGGUUUAUAAUUAUCUUUGUUAUGUCCUACAUUAUCAACUGGCUUGAUGUGUACAGAGUUAGAAAGAUUGGACUGCAGGAACAGUUCAUGAUUGCUUAUGGUGGACUGAGAGGUGCUGUAUGUUUCUCCCUUGUUGCUCUGCUAGACCCUCAUGACCUUCCUGCCAAGAACAUGUUUGUCACAACGACGCUCUCUGUCAUUCUGUUUACAGUCUUUGUUCAGGGUAUCAGCAUCAAGCCUUUGGUUUACUUUUUACAAAUCAGCCUAGCUCCUGAGAAAAAUCAGACAAUGUACAAAGAACUCAAUGCCAGGGUCACUGACCAUCUGAUGGCUGGCAUCGAGGACAUCAUCGGGGAUCAUGGGAAAAAUCAUUUGCGAGAAAGGAUGGAAUAUUUGGAUAGCAAAUACUUGAAACCUUGGCUUCAAGUGGACGCUGACCCCAGGGAUUCUAAUUUGAAAAUAUUUUAUGAGAACCUACUGCUUAAAGAACACUACAAGUAUUUGAAACUCAGUGGUGCCAAGACUGAUGAGGAGGAAAUACCAGAUCUCCCACAUGUCAACACUGAGCUUCUGCUGUCCACUCUGGCCAAUGGAGGUAGUCGUCAUUCUCACAUGCCAGUCCCCAUGAGAGAGAAGAAACCUACAGAGUCGAUGACCAAACCCAAGGCCCGGUCUGCACCUUCCACUCCCGCUAUUACAAUUGAAAUGGAGCCAAUCACUAUGAGAAAGAAAGGACUUCUGCGUUCUUACUCACUGGGAGAGAAGAAAACAGAGUUCAAUGCUAGAGAUCUACGAGGCUUGCUUUUGUCUCAGCGCAGUUCUAGAAUGGCUUUCUCCAAGUAUGAUAAAAAUUUGACUGGCCAAGAAGACAUGCAUUCUGAGAUUCGGAAAAAGACUAACAGAAACAAGCGACUGGAGAAGCUUUUCAGUGAGCAGAACUCCCCGGCUGUGAGGAGGAAGUCUUGGUCUGACUCUGAUGCCCAACUGUGUGAGGAGAGGGGCCAUGGACGUAAGGCUCCACCAAGGCAUGCCAUGACUGUAGACCUGGGAAAUGCUACUGGUCGGUCAUUUGAUGCCAUGGCAAGUUCAGACACUAUUUCACCCAGCUCCCCUGGCUGGACUCUGGACUCAGUUUUUGAAGAGGAUGAGAGCGAGACCCAGCCGAUGAUGGAGACAGACGGGGCCAAGAUGACCCGCAGUAGCUCAAGGCUGAGCAGCAAGCACAAGCUAGAGCGGCAGAAGGGUUUGGAUGACACAGGUGGGGACAGGGAGGAUGGAUCCAUCACUGACGAAACAAAGGUCCUAACCGGUAAAGCUGAUCAACUGAAAAAGCGGCCUGGAAGACUGGAGCGGAGUGGAAGUGAUCCAACAGGUGGCCAUCAGGAUGAGACAAAAAUUUAGUGAUUGAAAUAUGGUUAUGUUAAUUUGAUUGUUACUCGAUUUUUUUAUAUUCAAUGAUAAUUGUUACAUAAUUCAAUCAAAUUGUCUUUAGUACAUUUACAAAAUGUCGUUAUGCAAUAUUUCUCCUCCUCAUCUUAGGUUCUUAAUUACUAGUUCAAAAUUAAAGAUGAAUUUCAAAUAUUUUUCUUUAAAAUAUAGAAUGCUAAUUUCUUUUUAUUAAGGGCUUUAGUUGUAUGAUUUGAAGUUGGAACUUUGCUUUUAAAACUACUGGCAUACAUCAUACAUUCUUUUUCCUCUGCUUCAGAACUUUUGUAGACUCUUAGGUCUAUGCUGUAGUGCCUUCUACAUUCACUUCCUUGACCUUUUCACCUUAGACUGGACAUGUUGCUUGUUUGUGUUAGUUUUGGCUUUAAGUUAGCUAUGCCAGUUAGUCUGUUUUUCUUCUACACUAAAAGAAAUUUUUUUUAAAGUUUUUUUUUUUUUAAAAUAAUUUUUUAACAAUCAAUGUUUCUUAUGUGAUUGAAAUGAUCAAUUUAUAUAUUUUAUUUUUGAACAAACAAUAGUAAUUCUUAAGAAUCCAAAUUUGUGUGUGUGUACAUUUAUAUUUUUGAAGAGCGUUUUAUUACUUUACAAUGCAUAUAAAAUUUAAUACCUAUAAAAAUUCUAAUAACUUGUAUUUCUGAAUUUUUUUUAAACAUUAGUGAUGAGUUAAUUCAAAGCUUACUCAACUAUAAUCAGCUGAUUAAAUUAUAAAAGGGACUAAGAUUUUGCAAUCUUUCAUUGAUUUCAAACUCGGUUGUAUUAAAUUUGAAAUUAAACUUAUUUCCUUAAAAUUCAAAAAAUGAAAUGCAUUAUAGGGUGAAAAAUUAAUUCCAAUUUGUUUUUUACUCUAAAUGUUUUAACAACCAUCAAUAUCAUAAAAUAUUUCAACAUAGAUGUUUAUUUCAAUAGAAAUUCAUUGUUCAUUUAUGUUUACACAAAAGCAUUUUGUUAAAAUAACACAACAUCGACACAUUUUUUUUUUUUUUGGCUACAUGAGAAAUCCAUAAUGAAAUUUAUAAAAAAAUGAAAAUAAUUUUAUAAUAAUAAGUUUAUAAUAAUAAUAAGUUUUAUAUAGUCUACAACUUAACAGUUUUGUUGUCGUUAGGAUUUUCCCCCCAACAUAAUUCAAUAAAACAAAUUUAUUUUGUUUGCAUAUUUUUUUCUCCAUGACGUCUUUUGACUUGAAAAUUUUUCUAUAAUGUACUCAGCCUUUGUACUAAUUUUUUUUUACACAUAUACAAACCUAUGGGUAACUUUUGUUAUUUGAUGAUAGAGUCAAGCCUGGUUCAAGAGAUAUAUUUGCUCUAUAAAUUAGUUUGAUGAUUCUGUUAGUCUCUACGCUCCAACGCUAUUCACUAAAUUGUUAUUGUCAUUCAAAAAGAUUGAUUGAUAAAUACAUCAAGCACACAUGGAUGUAUAAGCUCUACUUAUAGAUGUAAAAGCUGCAAUGUUUGCUCUGUAUUUUGUUUCAUUGACAAAUAGUUUGUAUGCUCUACUGUUAUAUUUAUGUUAUUCAUCUAUUUUUACAUUUGAUAAAUUUUGGUUUAUGUAGCUCUAAUUUUAUAAUUUUAUAAGUUACCCUUUGCUUUUUGCUCCUUUUUGUAUUUUAAUUAUACUUUCUUUUUUUUGUGACCUCUAUUGUAGUAUAAUUCUUUUAUUUGUUUGUUUGCCUCAUCUUUGUGAUAGUACUAUGUGAAGUUCACUUUUAUUUGAACAGUUUUUUUGAAAUGCACUUUUCACCAGGAUUUACUUUGGAAAUCUUUUCUUUCUGCAUGGUCAGAAAUCAAGUUGGCAAAGUACCUUUUUCCUACCUGUGUUGGUAAAACAAACACAAAUGUGUUAAAUAGUCGUAAGGGAUUUAGGCACACUGUGUGUGUGUGUGUGUAUGUGCGUACAGGCAUGUGCUUGUAGAGCUGGAUGAUCUUGUAGAAACUCAAGUGACCUGGAUCACAGGCAAUAUGUCUGUGAAGACAUUGAGCAUUGUUUUUUGUUUUAUAAUUUAACAUUUGACUUUUUAAUUUACAUCUAGUUCGAACAAGUUAAUAAUGAGCUCUAAAUUCUAGUUGACACCCAGCAUCAUGCAUUAUAGUCUUUUUAUGAACAUAUUGUGUAAAAAUGUUUUUUUUAUCAUAUUAGUGUUACUUUGAGCCUCUUCAUUACACUUUAGUUAUUUAGAAUAGCCAUCUACUUUCUUGAUGGAAGUGUCUGUGAAAGAUUACUUGGUCCCCUUGUUGUCUGCCCAAAUGUUUUUUUCUAUUUACUGUAGUGUGUCUGUGAUACAAACAUAUAGAUUUGCAACAAAGUCUUAUUUGUUUUGUCUAAUAGACAGGCAAUUUUUAACAGUGUCAGUUUAUUUUUUUGUGGCCAGAUAUACCUAACUUUUCUAGCUUACAAUUAGUGCUCAAGUUGCCUAUUUGGUAUUAAGAUUAAAAAAAGUGUGGAAUGUGGGAGUGGAAAUCCUCCAGUUAAUUCAGCUCUAAAUACUUGAUACAUUUUAAGAGUAAACUUGUUUGCUGGUAAAAUAACUAACAUACAUAAUUUGUGAACUAUAUUUAAAUUUUUACUGUUUAAUUCUAUAAUUCUCUCUCAUUUUCACUUGUUAAUAUUUGUUGUAUUUUGUUUUAUGCAGUAUUGUCAAAGCUUUUUUUAUUCACUUAAAGUUUUGUUUUUGAACUGUGUAGAUCAUGUAUUUUUAUUUAAACUGUACACAUUUGUGGGUUCCUUUUAAGCACUGUCAACAAACAGUAUGCAUAAAGACAUGUUGAAAUGACUUUCUUUAUCUUUUGCUCUGUGUUGGAAGCCUGACAGUGCUAAGGUUGUUGUGUCAACCAAUAGGGUCACUAUCUCUAGUUAACAUUGUUGACUACUUCAUGUAGUUUUUCUACCACUUUUGAGAUUUCAUUUGUUAUAUCCUAGAUAGUGCAUAGACUGAUGCUCAAUGAGUCACAUUGUACUCACAGUGAUCUGUUUGAUAUAAUAAAAUCAGUAUAAUCAUUCUUUAUCCACUUCCUGUUGAACUAAAAGCAGGACUGUUUGGAUAAGAAGAUAGUUUGUAGUUUAUUGAAAGAUUCUUUCUUAUUGUACAUUGAAAAGAAAAUUAUGUAGACUCUAUUUUUUAUAAUAUUCAUUUAAAGGUGUUUUUUUUGUUUUUUUUAAACAUUUUAUUGUCAUUUUUAAACAUGUGCACUUACUUCAUAUUUAUUCAUUGUGUAUCCAAAUUAUUUUAACUCAUAACCAUACUCAUUUAAAGAGCUAGCAAAGAGUUUUUCAAAGAUGUUCACAAUGUUUUUAGCACAUUUUUUGAUAAGGGUUAUAAUUUCUAGAAAUAAUAUACAGUAACUUAGGACUUGUUAAAAUAAUGUUUCUAGCUUCUUGAAUUGAGAAUUUUUUAUUAAAUGUAAAAAAACAAUUAUAUUGAUUCAUCCUUGUCAGGUUAAAGAUAUAUACAUUUCAGUUCAUGGUAGUUUGGACAUUACAAUAACUUUAAUUCUUUUUUUUUAUAUAGCUCUUAGUUACCAAAUAUUUAGAAAUCCGUUUACAAUUUUCAGGGUUUUUAGAUUGGCAAUCAUGACGAAACAAAAUAUGUAGAAAUUUUGUCAGAAUAUUUUAUUAUUGGGUAAUGCUUUUUGUUAUUUAGUUUUUUCUCAAUGUUUUGACUAUGGAUCAGACUGGCUAUAUACCUUUUGACUGACAUAACUAGUUGCUAAAAUAUAAGUUGUUUUUUUGUUUUCAAGAUUUGUACAAUGGGAUUAGUUUGAGAUGGUUUUAAUUGGACAGACUUACAACAUUCCUAAAUAUAAAUUAUGUAAAUUUUCCAUUUCGGACCUUGCGAUCGGGCAGAUGAUAUAAAGGUCAUCUGUUUCUGUGGCCCACAGUUAAUGUGGGCAUCAUGUGGCCAGCACAACGGCCAACCACCUUUAAUUUUCACCAACUUAUGUCAGGUACCCAUUAAUGCUGAGUGCACUAAGAGACUCCCUAAAGAUCCUGAAGUUGAAAAUCCCAGUGUUCAUGGAGAAUCUAACCCAGGACACUCGGUUCGGAAGCCAAGCGCCUCAUACUAAAUAUAAAUAUGAUAAACAUAUUACCACCAAUGUAUUCAAAUUUUAAAUAAGCAGGGGUUGUAACAUAGAGUAAAGGUAAAAACUUUAUUGUACCAAUUUAUUGCAUUAAUUCCCUUUAAAGCAGUAUUACUAACAAUACAGUAGAUCUUGAAAUUUGUCAUUAGUUUUAAGAGAAAACAGAAAUAUCAAAACUUGUGUUUUUAAAGCUAAUUGACUAUAAAUAGUUAAAAAAAAAAGCUCCCAGUUACAUUCUUAUUCAUUAUACACAAAAAACAUUUUAAUUCAGGCUCUAAGAAAAUCAAUUCUUAUACACACAAAUAUAUCUGCUGUUCACUGUUAUUAGUUGUUUGUUUUUACCAAAGUUUGGUCUAUUUUAUUGUUUGGUCCUGAUCAUACUAUAGGCUUAGAUAAAAUGCUUAGAUAGAAAGAUCAUACAAUGAUUUGUCGAAAAGUUUUUAUUUUAUUAACAAGUUCUUUGACGUUCAUCUUAGGGGUGCUGUGGCAGCAUAACUAAAUCCUAUGGCAUCAGAAAAGGUUAAUCUGGAUGGUAAAUGACAUGAUUGUUCAUCAGGGUUCCAACUGAUUCAUAUUUCUUAGCACUCUGUUAUCACUUGAUCUCAAACUACUAGACAAUGCACUUUGGUGUGCUCUGUUUCUUACUUAUGUGCAAAAAUGACUUCCUGUAACUUUUUAUUGAUGUCAUAGAAAUUCUUUGGGCUUGCUCACUAUACUCACUGUAGAGCAAGAACCAAAAGGGACACAAUAAUGAAAGUAAAAGGUUCAAUAAUGAUGUAGAAAGGAUGAGCAUAGUAUUUCAGACAGAUUUAAAACCAAAUUUCAAGGCACAUAUUGAAUAAAGUUGAAACAAAGAAAUCAAAUCAAAGGGUCCUCUUGGUAUGCAAAGAUUGUUGUGUCAAUACUUUGUAUUGGAUGAGAAAACUGUUAGGAAGAAUGAAGAAGAUUUGUGUCCUUUAAGUUUGCCCACUUUGUUCAUGAAAUGUUAUGGCACGAUUAGGAAUUAAUUAUUUGUUUCGGAAAUAAGGGAAAUUUUGACUUGACGUGACUAGUAAAAACAAGACUAGGUUUUAGGCAGAGUGAAAUAUCAGCCGAUGUAAACAGACUACCUUAGGAUGCCUUAAAGAUAGGAAGCUUGUUAUGAGAGAGUUAGCUGACAUUCGACGGUUCCCUUCAUUCUUAUUAAACUUCUAGUUCAGUAUCAGUGUUGACUAACAUGUAUGAUUGUUCGGCCUUUCGCCGGUGUUGUUGGAUUUCGUUGAGUGUUACCUCUGUUUGGUUUAUCUGUAUUAGACACAGCAGAAGUGCCUAACAACUGCAAGUCAUUCAGUUAACCUCAGCAGCUAUGCUCCCUAGAAUGUCCUUAGCGCUAUCUUCACUUAUAUAUCUACAGCUUGUAUACAUAGAUUUUUGUUCUUUUUAUUAUUGCAUUUUUAUUUUUUGUAGUGAUUGUGCAGCCUCUACUAAGAAAACAUUCCAUAGUCUUCAAUGAAAUCAAUCUUGUAAGAUGUAUAGAAUCUACUUUUGAUUGUUUUUGUGAAGGAUGAACAUAUUUCAUACAAAUAAAAUGAUUUUAGACUAUAACCAUCGUCUGACUUUUCAGUAUACAUGAUUCUGCUGAUUCAGCGACAUUUUGACUUGCCUAAUGUCUGUAUAUGUGUCUCAGCCACACUAUGGGGUAUAAAAGGACAAUGUAUCUGGCAAAGUGAUUUUACUUUAAAGCCAUUUCACUUGAUUUGUCACUCAAUGCUAGAGAUGUUUGGGCCACAGUCUUGUUGUAUAUGGGGUGCACGCUCCGCAACAAAACACAAUUUGCAACUAUAAAAAUGUAGGAAAAUAGCUUCCUGCCCAGUGAGAGCUUUAAGAUGACACAUUUUUCACUAUGGUAAACCAAUAGAGAUGUGGAAUAAUUUUUGUUUUAUGGCAGCUUAAUAAAAUCAAGUCUCAGGCCUUAUUGUUGCGUGUAGAUUUUUUUUUUCCUAUCAAUUAAAUGAGUCUAAGCUAACCUCUUAUCAGAUUUCUUAGUUUGCUUUUUUUUUUUUCUCCCAUUUUAAGGAUUUGUAAAACUUUAUAUCUUAUGAUAAUAGUUACUGAUCUAAUUGUGGUGAUAUGGCUGUUGAUAUAGAUAGUCUUAAGAUCUUGUGAUAUGGCUACUGCUAAACAUUGUCUUGACAUCUAAUGGCAUAUCUUAGAUUAAUGGUGAAACAUGUAGGUGGUGCAUUAUGGACAUUGGAAUAAAUACCUAGUCAGAACCUGGUCUAUCCAUAAUCCAUGGUGAAAGAUUUUGGAAAUAGGAAAAAAUACCUGUUAAGAAUUUAGCCCUAUGGCUAUCAAAUAUCUCAGGAAAAAAAAAGCCAUUCUUUUGGUGAUACUUUGGGGCCUAGAAGUUGUGUGAGUGACAGCAAACAAUAUUGGAACCUGUUUUGAUAUGGUACUUGUUACUUCAGUGGGGUGCAUUGAAUUUGGGUUCUAUCAUUUAAUCUUAUUUUCUUUCCUUUCUUUCCUGGUUGUAUGAAUUACACCUCACCCUUUCUUAUCCCUUCAACAACUUAAUUCUUUGAAUCAUGCUAUUGUGCCAUGUGUAAUCUUUUCAAUCUGUAUUCACUAUGCAAAAAAGGUUAGAUUUGUGGAUCGAAGAAAUUAUGUUAUUUCAACCUAACCAAUGCUAAUAACAUGUCUGUCUGAUCUCUACUGGGUUGCUUGCACAAUGACAGUUACUAUAUUCUAAUUUUAACCUUAAGUUAUGUCCCUUUAUUUUCAAGGAGGUUAAUAGACCUGCAUGUUCAAAGCUUGUUUAGAUUAGUUUGACCUAUUAUCUCAUGGUUUUAUAUCUGUUAUGUUCCUUUAGCACUUUGAGCCUAUGUAUUUUUGUUAACAGGGUUACAUCAAUUGAAUUAUUAUUAUUAUUGAACCCCUAAGUUGAAGCAGGUAGGAAAUUGGGUUGCCUUAUGAACUAUUUAAUUCUUUAUUGGAAAAGAAAAAAGUUUCUAAAAAUUCAAAACACCAGGUUUCCCAAUCAGCCCAUUAUUGAUUUAUGCGAACUGUAUGCUUAGUGUGGGUCACUGACCACGUCCGAGUUAAAGUAAACAAAAAUAAUACCAAGUUAUCCCAAAUCUCUGGUCUUUGCUUGGAACUUUCAUCACAGUGAUCACAAGGUCUAACUCACCUUGGUGUCACCCCCUGGCAUCGGGCUAAAAUUAAUCAUUCUUAUCUCUAAAGGACCCCCACCCCCAAAAAAAUUAAUAAAAACAACUCUGAGUAAAUGUCUAAAAAACAUUCUUCUGAAAUUGAAGCAACUGUGUUUUUAAACAAAAUAAAAACAUACACUAAAUUGUAUUCUUUAAGUAUGUUAGUCUAUUUAUAAUAUAUAUCAUAUCAUAGUUACAUUUUUAUCAUUGUUUUCCUCAAAAGAUUACUUUAUAAUGCUAGUCUGUGCUUUCUUUGUAUUUGACUAGAAUGUUGACAAUGCCUUCAGUAGUUUUUUGGUUUUAGUUUUAGAAAUUUUCUCCUCUGUAUAUUUCCAAAUGUUAUUUCACUAGAUCUGUUCAGUUGUUAUGACAUUCAAAUUCUUUCAUAUAUGUUCUAAAUAAAAUAAAAUAAAUCAUCUGCAGGGUA